UAACCUUCUCUCACGAUGUGAACAAAAUAAUUUAACUCACGGUAGGAUUAUUCAGCGAGCCUUUUGUUAAUGAACGAAUUAAAUUGUUAUAUCCUUGUUGCGCGAGGUAAUUGCUUUUUUCUUCUUUCGAUGAUAAUAAGUUGUUGAAACAAAGUAGACCUUGGUUACACUAGUUAUCUCUAAAUUUUUGAAAAGCGUGCAAGACUGAGAAGGCAACGUGACACAGCCUAAGUUUGUACGACAAAAUGAUUCGAAUUGAAUCGUCAAUUAAACACUGCGACGAAAAGCGGCCUUUAAACACCUUGAAAAUGACUGAACGGACUGAGUUGGCCUUUCUUAGUCGGUUUGUGCUAAAAAAUCGAGAACAGAUAAUUUGGUAACCUCGAUAUAGCAAAAACGAAUUAGGGAGAACUUGCGCAUUUUAAUUUUUUCAGUUUCUGAAAUCAUUUGUCUUAAAAUGGAAACGUCUACCUCGCACUUUGUUGAGUGAUCUUGACUGUUUGACUGACCAAGAAGCCCGCGCCGAGAGACACGAGGAGUGUGGAAAUUAACCCAACAAAAGUAUUUCCCAAAAGAACAGCCGGGCUUACCUCAACAAAAACGUGUCAAGAUAGACAAUAGAGCAUUUCUACAGAUUAAAAGUGGACUGAGUAAUUUUUAGUUGGUAAAUAUUUAGGAUAACAGGAGCCAAGAGAUUCUUUCUUAGCCUAAAACUACACAUUAACUGUGCCCUUUAAUUUUUCAGUUUGUAAACUUAUUUUAGACUUGCACGUUGCGAUACUCAGGGAAAAACCAAAUGAACAUAUAGGAUGAUCAAAAAAAUCGAUCAAAACUGAGGCUUGUCAAAUAUUUCAGUUUAUAUGACCAAUGAUAUAAUCUGUUCUUUUGAGUUACCAAAGAGGCAAAAGUUGAAGCAGCCGAAGGAAACCAGAACUUGCCUGAUAACAAUUCAUUAGAUACUUCGGAGGGGAAAGUCUCAGCAAACCAAGAAAAGGUGCCUUUGGAUGAUUAGCUUUCAUCAGGUCAGUUUCGAUUCAAAGAGGAGUCAGAUGAUAACGAUGGCGAAUCAACAGAAAAUUCAAGCUACUUCUGUUGAGAAAAAACUGGAUUUGAAGGAUACUCCUUCAGCAUUCCAAGAUCAUUUUGCACCCAAAGAGGAAUCGGAUGACGAUGGAAGCAAACCAAAAGUUGGCAAAGAGGCUUCAAUGGCCGCUGAUGAAAACCUGGCUGCUGUUGACAACAGCUCCUCAGGAAAAAGUAAGGCUACUUCCGGUGACGAGACACUGGAUUCAAACAGUGCCUCUUCAGCAGUUAUCAAAGAGACACAAACUGAGGCAGCUGAAGGAAACGAGGACUCUCUUGUCAACAACUUAUCAGAGAACGAAACUUCAGGUGAUAACGACGUAAAUCUCGACGAUGACCCUUUAGUAGUGAUAGCAAAGGAAUGUCUUCAGCAAGGCAACAAAGAAUACAAACAAGGAGAUUUUCAUAAUGCGUUUCAACUCUACACCGAAGGACUUCAACUUAAUUGCAAAGAUUACCACGUAACAGCCAAACUUUAUAGUAACAGGGCAGCAGCUAAUUUCCAUUUAGAAAACUUCGAAAGCAGCCUGUAGGAUGCCACCGUUGCUGUUCAAUUGGAGCCAACUUUCACGAAGGCCUUGAAGAAAGGAGCUGAAGCUUGUGUGCAGCUUAAGUUGUAUGAUGAAGCAAAGAUCUGGUGUCAUAAAGGAUUGGCCAUAGACGAUAGUAGCAAAAUGUUGCGUCAUCUGUUGAACAAGUGAGUUGGUGAGACAAUUGCAUCUGGAGAGAUAAAGCCACAGCAAGAAAAGGUGAUGACUGGAUUUGUGUGCAGACAAGACGAGAUCCCAGGCGUUUAGCAUCAACCAAUGACGGUUUAAACUAACAGAAAAUGUUACACGGCGUUAAAAAUAGAGUACAACCAGAUCAAACCAUAUCUAUGCACAGUUUGAAACACUUAAAUCUUGUUCGUUGAUUUAAACUGAUAGAUGUCAGAUGAGCUACGUUUACAGAGAGAUUUCAGUUUUUGCAGAGAUCAUCGAAAAGACUUUUUAGCGAAAUUUCCUAAAAAAUUAUAUGUUGAAUGUGAAACUUUGCGUUCAUGUAAUUAACGUAUAAAAUCAUGUUUACAGACGCGAACAACAAUUUCAACAACAGCUUCAAGAAUGAGUAAGAAACGAGGUUUAAACUUAAGUGUCAUCGAGGAUCUUAUAUG